GAAGUAUUCUUUUUAUGUUAGUGAGGAACAUGCAACUGAUUCUUUAGGGUACACGCCAGCCUGCGUAGAAAGUAGACACGUCGGGAUUUGCGUUUCAUGUGUCUGUUUGUGGAGGAUUGAAUACUGAAAUUCAGCAUUAUUUUAAUAUUGUGGUGUUUUUGAUGGCUUACUUAGACUCGUUUCUUGAUCCGUGAGGUUGAUAUUCGGUGUUGCUGGUUUUCUUGAGGCUGUAUUCUACCCUGCAAGUUACCCCUAAGUAGCUUGUAUCAAUCUGAAUUCGACUAGGUCACACUUGUUACUUUCUGUUGAUUGUAUUAUCAGGAUGGCAGUCACCGCUCGUAACAACGGCUUCCGCAAGGUUGCCAAGUGGAUUGUUGGUGCCGUGGUUGUGGCGAGUGCUAGCAGCGCUAAUGUUGUUGGUUAUGAAUUAAUGUCCGAUGAUCAUACGUUCUUUGCAAGGCCAGGUUAUGAUAUAAAUGGCAGCCCUAUUGUUUACGAGAACUUUUUUGGUAAAGACUUUUCCGAAAGGGAUGUCGAUGUCAUUAUUGGGCAUGAUUUGGAGGAUCAUAAAAAUUUUCGCACUCCUCAAUACGCUGAACUCAAAAGAAGAGAUGUUGUGCGUGAGAUGUUUUACUUUGACCUUAUCCUUCAAAGAUUGCCAAUCGAUGUGGCUCAGGAGGCCUCUGAAUAUGCAACGUUUUCUAUGUUACCUGAUGAUCUUGCCCGUAAAGUGAAGAUCCGUCAUUACAAUAGGUUGUAUCCUGGACUUCUUCAGCAGUUGCCUGAUUACCUUAUAGAGAAGGCUCUUAAAUGCAACAUUUAUGAAGGCAUAUCACCUGAUGUCAUGUUAGAAAUUGAAUACUACCUCAAAGUUAAAAAUAGGUGGAAACCUAUGAGUCCGGAAAUAAUACGAGAUACGAACGACGAGAAUAUGGACACCAAUGACUCUAAGCCAGCUCAAGUGACACCCACAACACCCUCACCAUCAAUUACUGAUGAAGUCAUUCAAUUGCCCGAAUAUGUAGACGGCCCAGUUGUUUUCCCAAGUCACAUUGAUGAUGAAAUUAUUCAACUUCCGGAUUAUGAAGACAGUCCAAUUGUCUUGCCCAUUGAAACUGAGAUUGAGGGAUCUGAAUCUUCUGAGUCCAGCAGUUCUGACAGCGAAGGUGAAGAGAUCACACUUCCUGAAGAUUCUGGUGUCGAGGAGCCCGAUGAUGAUGUCAUUCAAUUACCCGAAUAUGUAGACAGUCCAAUUGUCUUGCCCAUUGAAACUGAGAUUGAGGGAUCUGAAUCUUCUGAGUCCAGCAGUUCUGACAGCGAAGGUGAAGAGAUCACACUUCCUGAGGAUUCUGGUGUCGAGGAGCCCGAUGAUGAUGUCAUUCAAUUACCCGAAUAUGUAGACGGCCCAGUUGUUUUCCCAAGUCACAUUGAUGAUGAAAUUAUUCAACUUCCGGAUUAUGAAGACAGUCCAAUUGUCUUGCCCAUUGAAACUGAGAUUGAGGGAUCUGAAUCUUCUGAGUCCAGCAGUUCUGACAGCGAAGGUGAAGAGAUCACACUUCCUGAGGAUUCUGGUGUCGAGGAGCCCGAUGAUGAUGUCAUUCAAUUGCCCGAAUAUGUAGACGGCCCAGUUGUUUUCCCAAGUCACAUUGAUGAUGAAAUUAUUCAACUUCCGGAUUAUGAAGACAGUCCAAUUGUCUUGCCCAUUGAAACUGAGAUUGAGGGAUCUGAAUCUUCUGAGUCCAGCAGUUCUGACAGCGAAGGUGAAGAGAUCACACUUCCUGAAGAUUCUGGUGUCGAGGAGCCCGAUGAUGAUGUCAUUCAAUUGCCCGAAUAUGUAGACGGCCCAGUUGUUUUCCCAAGUCACAUUGAUGAUGAAAUUAUUCAACUUCCGGAUUAUGAAGACAGUCCAAUUGUCUUGCCCAUUGAAACUGAGAUUGAGGGAUCUGAAUCUUCUGAGUCCAGCAGUUCUGACAGCGAAGGUGAAGAGAUCACACUUCCUGAGGAUUCUGGUGUCGAGGAGCCCGAUGAUGAUGUCAUUCAAUUACCCGAAUAUGUAGACGGCCCAGUUGUUUUCCCAAGUCACAUUGAUGAUGAAAUUAUUCAACUUCCGGAUUAUGAAGACAGUCCAAUUGUCUUGCCCAUUGAAACUGAGAUUGAGGGAUCUGAAUCUUCUGAGUCCAGCAGUUCUGACAGCGAAGGUGAAGAGAUCACACUUCCUGAGGAUUCUGGUGUCGAGGAGCCCGAUGAUGAUGUCAUUCAAUUGCCCGAAUAUGUAGACGGCCCAGUUGUUUUCCCAAGUCACAUUGAUGAUGAAAUUAUUCAACUUCCGGAUUAUGAAGACAGUCCAAUUGUCUUGCCCAUUGAAACUGAGAUUGAGGGAUCUGAAUCUUCUGAGUCCAGCAGUUCUGACAGCGAAGGUGAAGAGAUCACACUUCCUGAGGAUUCUGGUGUCGAGGAGCCCGAUGAUGAUGUCAUUCAAUUACCCGAAUAUGUAGACGGCCCAGUUGUUUUCCCAAGUCACAUUGAUGAUGAAAUUAUUCAACUUCCGGAUUAUGAAGACAGUCCAAUUGUCUUGCCCAUUGAAACUGAGAUUGAGGGAUCUGAAUCUUCUGAGUCCAGCAGUUCUGACAGCGAAGGUGAAGAGAUCACACUUCCUGAGGAUUCUGGUGUCGAGGAGCCCGAUGAUGAUGUCAUUCAAUUGCCCGAAUAUGUAGACGGCCCAGUUGUUUUCCCAAGUCACAUUGAUGAUGAAAUUAUUCAACUUCCGGAUUAUGAAGACAGUCCAAUUGUCUUGCCCAUUGAAACUGAGAUUGAGGGAUCUGAAUCUUCUGAGUCCAGCAGUUCUGACAGCGAAGGUGAAGAGAUCACACUUCCUGAAGAUUCUGGUGUCGAGGAGCCCGAUGAUGAUGUCAUUCAAUUGCCCGAAUAUGUAGACGGCCCAGUUGUCUUGCCCAUUGAAACUGAGAUUGAGGGAUCUGAAUCUUCUGAGUCCAGCAGUUCUGACAGCGAAGGUGAAGAGAUCAAACUUCCUGAGGAUUCUGGUGUCGAGGAGCCCGAUGAUGAUGUCAUUCAAUUGCCCGAAUAUGUAGACGGCCCAGUUGUCUUGCCCAUUGAAACUGAGAUUGAGGGAUCUGAAUCUUCUGAGUCCAGCGGUUCUGACAGCGAAGGUGAAGAGAUCACACUUCCUGAGGAUUCUGGUGUCGAGGAGCCCGAUGAUGAUGUCAUUCAAUUACCCGAAUAUGUAGACGGCCCAGUUGUUUUCCCGGGUCACAUUUUUGAUGAAAUUGAUGCCACACUUCCUGAGGAUUCUGGUGUCGAGGAGCCCGAUGAUGAUGUCAUUCAAUUACCCGAAUAUGUAGACGGCCCAGUUGUUUUCCCAAGUCACAUUGAUGAUGAAAUUGAUGCCACACUUCCUGAAGAUUCUGGUGUCGAGGAGCCCGAUGAUGAUGUCAUUCAAUUGCCCGAAUAUGUAGACAGUCCAGUUGUCUUGCCCAUUGAAACUGAGAUUGAGGGAUCUGAAUCUUCUGAGUCCAGCACUUCUGACAGCGAAGGUGAAGAGAUCACACUUCCUGAGGAUUCUGGUGUCGAGGAGCCCGAUGAUGAUGUCAUUCAAUUGCCCGAAUAUGUAGACAGUCCAAUUGUCUUGCCCAUUGAAACUGAGAUUGAGGGAUCUGAAUCUUCUGAGUCCAGCGGUUCUGACAGCGAAGGUGAAGAGAUCACACUUCCUGAGGAUUCUGGUGUCGAGGAGCCCGAUGAUGAUGUCAUUCAAUUGCCCGAAUAUGUAGACGGCCCAGUUGUCUUGCCCAUUGAAACUGAGAUUGAGGGAUCUGAAUCUUCUGAGUCCAGCGGUUCUGACAGCGAAGGUGAAGAGAUCACACUUCCUGAAGAUUCUGGUGUCGAGGAGCCCGAUGAUGAUGUCAUUCAAUUACCCGAAUAUGUAGACGGCCCAGUUGUUUUCCCAAGUCACAUUGAUGAUGAAAUUAUUCAACUUCCGGAUUAUGAAGACAGUCCAAUUGUCUUGCCCAUUGAAACUGAGAUUGAGGGAUCUGAAUCUUCUGAGUCCAGCAGUUCUGACAGCGAAGGUGAAGAGAUCACACUUCCUGAGGAUUCUGGUGUCGAGGAGCCCGAUGAUGAUGUCAUUCAAUUACCCGAAUAUGUAGACAGUCCAAUUGUCUUGCCCAUUGAAACUGAGAUUGAGGGAUCUGAAUCUUCUGAGUCCAGCGGUUCUGACAGCGAAGGUGAAGAGAUCACACUUCCUGAAGAUUCUGGUGUCGAGGAGCCCGAUGAUGAUGUCAUUCAAUUGCCCGAAUAUGUAGACGGCCCAGUUGUUUUCCCAGGUCACAUUUUUGAUGAAAUUGAUGCCACACUUCCUGAGGAUUCUGGUGUCGAGGAGCCCGAUGAUGAUGUCAUUCAAUUGCCCGAAUAUGUAGACGGCCCAGUUGUUUUCCCAAGUCACAUUGAUGAUGAAAUUAUUCAACUUCCGGAUUAUGAAGACAGUCCAAUUGUCUUGCCCAUUGAAACUGAGAUUGAGGGAUCUGAAUCUUCUGAGUCCAGCGGUUCUGACAGCGAAGGUGAAGAGAUCACACUUCCUGAGGAUUCUGGUGUCGAGGAGCCCGAUGAUGAUGUCAUUCAAUUACCCGAAUAUGUAGACGGCCCAGUUGUUUUCCCGGGUCACAUUUUUGAUGAAAUUGAUGCCACACUUCCUGAGGAUUCUGGUGUCGAGGAGCCCGAUGAUGAUGUCAUUCAAUUGCCCGAAUAUGUAGACAGUCCAAUUGUCUUGCCCAUUGAAACUGAGAUUGAGGGAUCUGAAUCUUCUGAGUCCAGCGGUUCUGACAGCGAAGGUGAAGAGAUCACACUUCCUGAAGAUUCUGGUGUCGAGGAGCCCGAUGAUGAUGUCAUUCAAUUGCCCGAAUAUGUAGACGGCCCAGUUGUCUUGCCCAUUGAAACUGAGAUUGAGGGAUCUGAAUCUUCUGAGUCCAGCGGUUCUGACAGCGAAGGUGAAGAGAUCACACUUCCUGAAGAUUCUGGUGUCGAGGAGCCCGAUGAUGAUGUCAUUCAAUUGCCCGAAUAUGUAGACAGUCCAAUUGUCUUGCCCAUUGAAACUGAGAUUGAGGGAUCUGAAUCUUCUGAGUCCAGCGGUUCUGACAGCGAAGGUGAAGAGAUCACACUUCCUGAAGAUUCUGGUGUCGAGGAGCCCGAUGAUGAUGUCAUUCAAUUGCCCGAAUAUGUAGACAGUCCAAUUGUCUUGCCCAUUGAAACUGAGAUUGAGGGAUCUGAAUCUUCUGAGUCCAGCGGUUCUGACAGCGAAGGUGAAGAGAUCACACUUCCUGAAGAUUCUGGUGUCGAGGAGCCCGAUGAUGAUGUCAUUCAAUUGCCCGAAUAUGUAGACGGCCCAGUUGUCUUGCCCAUUGAAACUGAGAUUGAGGGAUCUGAAUCUUCUGAGUCCAGCAGUUCUGACAGCGAAGGUGAAGAGAUCACACUUCCUGAAGAUUCUGGUGUCGAGGAGCCCGAUGAUGAUGUCAUUCAAUUACCCGAAUAUGUAGACGGCCCAGUUGUCUUGCCCAUUGAAACUGAGAUUGAGGGAUCUGAAUCUUCUGAGUCCAGCAGUUCUGACAGCGAAGGUGAAGAGAUCACACUUCCUGAAGAUUCUGGUGUCGAGGAGCCCGAUGAUGAUGUCAUUCAAUUGCCCGAAUAUGUAGACGGCCCAGUUGUCUUGCCCAUUGAAACUGAGAUUGAGGGAUCUGAAUCUUCUGAGUCCAGCAGUUCUGACAGCGAAGGUGAAGAGAUCAAACUUCCUGAGGAUUCUGGUGUCGAGGAGCCCGAUGAUGAUGUCAUUCAAUUGCCCGAAUAUGUAGACGGCCCAGUUGUCUUGCCCAUUGAAACUGAGAUUGAGGGAUCUGAAUCUUCUGAGUCCAGCGGUUCUGACAGCGAAGGUGAAGAGAUCACACUUCCUGAAGAUUCUGGUGUCGAGGAGCCCGAUGAUGAUGUCAUUCAAUUGCCCGAAUAUGUAGACGGCCCAGUUGUUUUCCCGGGUCACAUUUUUGAUGAAAUUGAUGCCACACUUCCUGAGGAUUCUGGUGUCGAGGAGCCCGAUGAUGAUGUCAUUCAAUUGCCCGAAUAUGUAGACAGUCCAAUUGUCUUGCCCAUUGAAACUGAGAUUGAGGGAUCUGAAUCUUCUGAGUCCAGCGGUUCUGACAGCGAAGGUGAAGAGAUCACACUUCCUGAAGAUUCUGGUGUCGAGGAGCCCGAUGAUGAUGUCAUUCAAUUACCCGAAUAUGUAGACGGCCCAGUUGUUUUCCCAAGUCACAUUGAUGAUGAAAUUGAUGUCACACUUCCUGAAGAUUCUGGUGUCGAGGAGCCCGAUGAUGAUGUCAUUCAAUUACCCGAAUAUCUAGACGGCCCAGUUGUCUUGCCCAUUGAAACUGAGAUUGAGGGAUCUGAAUCUUCUGAGUCCAGCAGUUCUGAGAGUAAUAUUUCGGGUGUGGUAAGCCCCGCUGGAAUAUCUCACAUUGAGGAUCCUGUUGCCGACGAAAUUGGUAUUCCUACUGACUACAUUUUUAUUAAUUGUAUUGGUAAGGGAUUUACAUCUAAGGAUGUUGAUGAUAUUGUUGCUUCUAAGCCAUGUAUGACAUCUCGAGGUCAAGCUGUUCCACCAACUCGUGAUGUUGUAUUACGUCGUAUGGAUAAAUACAACAGAAUACUCAUGUACUUGCCCGAAAAUAUCAGGAAAGAAGCAGGUCAAUAUGCUAUUUUUGAGUUGUUGCCGUCUGAUUUUGCUAAUGAAGUGAAAGCCGCUCAUUUCAAUAGAAUAUAUGUCAACUUACUUAAGAGUUUACCUCAAGAAUUAGUCGAAAAGUGCCUAGCAUGUGAUAUUUAUGAGGGAAUCUCGUUUGAAACCAUGGCUGAGGUCAUUGACUAUUUCGAUGAUCUGCAAGACGAUUUUUUUGAUACUGUACGUAAGCCCGUUGUCGUGAGAUCUCCAGCUAAGACAGAGGCUGCGCAAGGAGCAUCAAAACCUAAUGCAGUUAAGCCGGUGCCAGCGGAGGUGGAUGAACAAUGUGCAGCUUAAGAAACUUAUGCUGGUCACCUUACAGAUUUGAUUGAAUUGGGGAAAUUGAAAUAUAUAUGAUGGUAUUUUCUACGGCUGACUAAUAGCCUGGUGGUCUACGAUUUCUCAAUUUAAAUAGAUGCCAACACACCAAUACCUGCAGUUAACUAAUCUUCAGACAAUGGCAAUAUGGGUCCAGCGAUGGUGACAUGAUUCACACUUUUUAAGUGAGAUGUUGAGAUGGUUGGAAAUAUGUUGUUGUUCUUGAUAUGAUAUUCGGAAAUUCAGGUAGUUAUAGUGAUUUCACCAAACUUCUAGCCAUCGAGGUGUUUGUAUUUAAGAGGAGCCACUUUAUUGGAAUAUAUCAUGGUAUAUUUUCGUGAAUUCCCAAGUGUAUAUUAAGCAAACAUCCUUUUGU